AUGACAGCCCGUUACAUCCCAGCUCCCAACAACACCACGAUCACCGGCGGAUCCUGUCGAUUCCAACCCUAUCUUCCCCCAAGCAUCUCAAAUAAUAAUAAUAACAACAACAACAACAACAAUAACAACAACAAUAACAAUGACUCAUCAUCAUCGUCCAACUGGCCAUCCUCUGAGACCAAAUCCAGGGGUCUCUUCUUACAUACCCAACUGCCUACCUCGGGAAGCUUCAGGAGCAACACCUUAGACGACGGCUCACUCUCCUCAAGUGAACUCAGAUCGAGCUGUUCCAGUCUGGCCUCCAGCACGGCCAGCAGUCAAUCCUCGGGCUACUUCCCACCCCCAUCAACAACAGGAGGAGGGAGUUUACCGUUCGAGGACCCGAAUAAUACGACUGGUGGUUGUCCAAACGAGAACCUCUAUCCACCUCUAGCUGGUCCUGGAUUCUCCCAGACGGCCGUCUACCCCGCUUAUACUGGGCCAAACCAACAACGCUCUUCCUUGGCCGGUCUCGCCUAUCCUGCUGCCGCUUUUACCCCGAGUGGAGGCUCCCCUCCGAUCCCUUCUGCCUCCUCCGCCUACUUCCAUUUCGACUCCUCCUCCGUCGUCGGCGCUGGUCGUCGUCAUACCGUCUCCGCUUACGCUUCCUCUCCUAUGCCCAUCGAGCUUAAUUUGGUUGGACAUCCCGAAAUCGAUGAAACUUUGAUUAAGGAAGAAAAACGUCGCAGAAAUAAGGAAUCUAGUCAAAGGUUUAGAGAUCGAACUCGAGAAAGACAACGAGAGAAACAGGAAAGACUCGAGUAUUUAGAGAGACGGACUAAACAAUUAGAGGCCCAAUUGAGGAGUCUUAACCGGAAUGAUUCGAUUCAAGAGUCUGGUAAUGGAGCUCAACAAGAUGGACCACCGCCCCCAACAACAACGAACAUGACAACAACCCUGAACAACAAUCAAGGACGCAGUGAGGAACGGGAGAUGAUCGAACGAUUGCAGGCCGAGAAUGAGGCCUUGAGGGCUUCCUUAAAGACUGCCAGCGAAGAGAUUAAUCGACUUCAACAACAUGUGACUGGAAACCAAUCCCCACAUACCAACAGUCCAUUAGGUAUCAGCCAAGUCUACGCGAACACUUUGGCUCAACAACUCUCACCACCAGCAUCGACUAGCGAGUUUACCCCUGGCUCCCAAGCCUCUUCGCCUGGUGCAGCAGCAGCAGCAGCAACUACUGAGUCUUCGUACUUCGGUCCUUCGUGUUCUUCAACUGCUGGCUCGGUUAGACGGACCGCUAGUCCUUCUACUUCCUCUUCUGACUCACCCGUUCCCGUUCCUUCUGCGCCACCUUCUGCUCCCUCUGCCUCAGUUGCUGUUGAUACUGGGGCUGGGUCUAUUGAUCCUCGCAACAGAGUCCAUCCACCCUCGAUCGCUUUAACAAUCAUCUUCCUCA